AUGUUGGACCUACCACCGACCCUGCUGCAGUAUAUCUUCUCUCUACCUCUUGACCAUAUCGUCGCUGGCAUCCCAGAUCGCGAAGCCAAGAAUCUGCCUCCUCCAAGCAAGUCCAUUCAGCUUGAAAUUGCAACAGCAUUUCCACCACUACUAGCCCUGCUUGGUCUGGGCAGCGUGUCAGUCCUGUUAGCUGCAUUGCUUCUGCCCGGCAACGGCAAACCUACUCUAAAUGGCACGCUUUCUGAGGCCACAGUGCUUCGAAUACAUGCGUUGGCGGCACAUCAGCCUCACCGCCUGCCCGACAGCGAUGGCGACCCCGACGACACAAUCCCGGCUCUCCCAUUCUCAAAAUCUCCACGAAAACAAAGUCUCUUGAUAUUCUGGCUCCUUGCUCUCUUUCUUGUGGGGAUGCUAGCAUAUAUUUUUCGAGUCACGUGGGCGGCCACUCUCUCGUCAUUCAUCGCAGAGAAACGACACUCGCUAUCGUGGACGCUGACCAUAACGAUAUCAAUACUCCUCGCCAAAAUUGCGGGCCCGCUCACACGAUUCGUGCUUGUGUUCGUCCCCAUCGCUAAUGCUAUUGCUCAAUGGGGCAAGUACGCUUUCGUGUUACUCUCCGUUCGCCCAGUCGCGCUUCUGCAGCCUUUAUAUAUGGCAAGCACUCGGGUCGUUCACCAUAACUUCCCCAACUUGACUGUCGACCAUCCGAUCCAAACCCAAAUUGAUAAACUGUUUGCCUUGGCGUCGAGCGUCUUGAGCGUCUUGGGUGGCUAUCGGCUUGCUGCUGCACGCGUCGCAAGAAACCACACAACCGCUAUUAAAUGGACGACGCACUCGUUCGACAGUUUUUUCCAACUGAAGACUUGGCCGUAUCUGCCACUUGAGCAAAUGCGCAGUCUAACAGCGACGAUAAUCAGGCAUGUUCUCGCGUUCUCGUUGGGGGGUACAACAUGGGCGUCAAGUUCGCGACACAAGCUCUAUGCGAUGUUGGGUCCUGCGCUCCUUGUAACACUCAAUGAGGUUUACUACUACUGCACGUAUACCCCUCCACGCACAGAGUUCGAAAUUGCUCUCGAUCCUGUUCGCAUGGCCCUCCAGAGUCAAAAGUCGACUCUGGAUCGGCAGCAAAUUCUGUUCCAACGUUUGGCCGUAGAACAGGCUGAUUUCAAGCAGUCUUUAAUGCAAAGCUUAGACCGGCAUUUCGCCAACCUCAGGGAAGCGGAGUAA